ACAUUAUUUUAUUUUAUUGGAUGGACGCCAUUUCUGAAACGACAGCUGUGUUUGCGGGACUAAAAUAGUUCCAUAUUUUCACUGUUCAUUUGGAUAGUUUUUGUUUAAACGUAGCAUUUAUUUUCUCCCCAGUCGAGAAAAUAUUUUAGCUAUGUCGGAACAGGUGGAAAUUAAGCCUGAUGCUUUACCAGAUUUAGAUGAUUUAUUGCAAUGUCCUGUGUGUUAUGAGAUCCCGUCAGGACAAAUUUUCCAAUGUAAUGAAGGACACCAUGUAUGUGGACGUUGCAAGAUGCGCCUGGAUGUGUGCCCUGUGUGCAGGGCCUUGUUUUUUGGUACACGUAAUUAUGCUAUGGAAGAACUGAUUGCCAAUGUUAGAAAACUGAGGGCAUUUAAACUUGGUGGUAAAGUCACUACAGAUACUGGCUCUGGAAAUAAAGCAUCUAAAAUAAACGCAAAUGAAGUACCUGAAACUGAAAGUGUAGUUGAUGAUGCAAGUGAGCAGUCUAGUCAUUCUGCGUUGAGACCACCACAAGCUUGUAAAGGUCUUUUCCGUUGUCUCUCGUGCAAGAGUUCAAAAGGAAUAAGACUCCCCGCAGCUCGUUUGCUCAAUCAUCUGCGCUAUUACCACUCUCCUGAACUUAUUGAGGGCAAAUCUGAAAAUGGUGAAUACGUGCAAGCCUGGCAGUUUUCUACAGUCCCUGGAAGAAUUGUUACUGCAGUACGAGUAGCAGACAUGGGGAUCUUCUUUUUGAUAAUUGAUAUUGGCACCGAUACUUUUUGUGCGUGGCUGUCCAUGGCUGCAUCUCCUUGGGUAGCUCAUGAAUUUUCCUAUACUAUCACUAUUUCUGGAAAUGACAGAGAGGCAAUUUUCUCUGAUUGUGUGUGGUCUGUCAGAUCUUGUGAAGGCUCUCUGAAGAAACGUGGACAUUGCCUCACAGUAAAUGGGCUCGACGCUAGAGCAUUGGUAGCACCUGCUUCAAUUUGUGGUAAACUAUCUGUGCGUCGUACGCCACCUGACCAACUAGCGAACCAAUCUCAACCACGCGCUGUUCUGCGAGUAGCCAAUAGAGUUAACAAUCGUGAAAAUACACACACACAUGCUCAUGAUCUGGAGCCUUUCCUACAAGACUUACAAAAUGACGUAGCUAGGCUCUCCCGAGCAUUUGCAACGCUCGGACGUGAAGCUAACGCUCUGGUACGUUCUGAAGCAGAAAUGCGAGCCAGAAUCGAAAAUAGACACGGUACAAACGAACGCGCUAGCUCAUCUGAGAGGGAAAAUCCUGUAGAAAAUAAUCAGGCUGACAGCAGCACCGAACGUGCUCCGCUCUCACGUAACGCGCGUAGGCGCAUGCGGCAGCGAUUGAGAGCCGCUCUCAAUGCCCCGCAGCCUCCGGUGCCUGCCCCUCGAGCUGUCAAUGGUGGCCUAAUGCCAACUGACUGGCAGAAUGGUCUUACCAAUAAUGCUAACGUGCAACGCCACGUUGUGUCUGGGUUGAGCGUAUUGCAACAGCCCCCAGUGCCACCACCAGUAGCACCGACGACCGGGGUGCCGCCUCCGCCUGUAGCCCCGCAGUCGUCUAGUGGAACACCCAGUCAACCUCAAAACGGAAAUGCGCGCGCCAACAAAAAAAAGCGACGUCAUCGUAGAUAAAUUAACUUUGUUUAUUUAGUUAGGUGUCUAAUAAUGAAAUUGUAAACAAAAUAAGUUUACUGUAUUAAUGGUGUAUUUUUAUCAAUUUGACUGCUCUUUGAGUCUCAUAACUUUGCUCUGGGGCUGCAUAUAUUGUUGUAUAUGAUUUCAUGUAGAUAUUUCGUCUUUUGACAACUGCAAUUGUUGCGAGUGCUGUGAUAGAAUAUUGCAAGUCCAUGCAAUAUAAAUGGUUCAACUACUUACUUACUUAACAUUUUCGUUGGUAACCCCAGAGUGUUUUGUGAUUUAUAGAUACCCAUUAGGAUAAAUUGUUUUAAGUUAAUUUCUGUUACGAAAUGCAUUUUGUGAAAUAUUUGACCAUGAUAUUUUAGGAAUAUCAAUUUGAAGUGUUUUAAUAAUAAUAAUUGACCAUGUGCUUGUUUUAAUCCUGUAUGUAAUCAUGAACUUAUCGUAGGACUAUUAUAACUAUUUAAUUAAUUACGAUAACUAUUAAUCAUUUAGACAAAAUAGUUAGAAUUAUAAUGCAUAAAAAACUUA